CGCUCAUCUGUGCUGCUAGUGCCGUGAUGGCAGGCCAGAGUAGGCGCAACAACGACUACGGUCGGCAAAAUACAGGUUUCUACGAACGCCAAGAACGCCGCGAAGACCGCGACCGACCCUAUCCCGAACGUAGCCCAUAUCACAGCCGCUCCCCGCAGAAUCCAUAUCCCCGCCGGAGCUCAGAUUACCGGAAUGAUCGAAAUCGCUCCCGAGAAAGGGACAUACCCCCGAAUGCGCCACGGGAGCCAUCCCACAGAUCUCCCUCAAGGGGAACACCUACAAAACCUGGCAAGGGCAAUAUGUCGGGACAUGAACACACCCAAUGCAGACGCGGCCGCACCACGCAACACCGGGAUUGGGGGUAUCAACCCCCUGACGAAUUUGAUAUGCGAGAAAGUGUCUUGGAUGCAAAAGAAAGAAGAGGCACAAAGGAGACUUACGAAACUGCGAGCCGACCAUGCACGGUCGAGCAUGAAACAUGUGGACUUUCCGUCCGUCAUGGACAUGUUCCAAAACCAGAUCAAGACGGCCACUAAUGAGCUGGCCCAGUGCAACAAGUCGAUAAAGGGAGUCGAUGAAAAGCUACAGUCCCAGUUUGGCCAUCUGUCCACAAACCAGAUACUGUCAAGUCUAGCUGGUCAAGCCGAUGCUCAACACAAGCAGGAGCUAACUAGGGUCGAGUCAAUCAGAAGAGACUCAACAAGGAGCGAGCCCACUCAGAGAGACUCAACACACAACGAGUUAACUAGGAGAGACUCCACAAGGAGCGAGCCAACUAUGAACGAGCCUACCAAGAACCAACCUCCCGAGAACCAGCCUACCGUAAGCGAGCCAACCAAGAGCCAACCAACCGAGAGCCAGGUCACGGACGUCGAGAAGCAGCCGGUGCAGUCGGGAACAUCCACCUCUGAGUUGCUCAAUCUUCAGCUAGAUAAUAAGCUCAAUGAACUCAAACGCAAGUUUGACAGUGAUUUGCAGGAGCUGAAGACUCAGUUUGAAGCCACUGGUAAUGAGAGGAAACGCCUUGAGUCUGAGAACCAAGAAUUAAGAAAGAGUCAUGAUGAAAUGACUGAGAAACUUCAGCAAUUGGAAGGGAAUGUCGACCAAAUUGAGCGCAAGACUGAUGGUGGCGUCGCCGCCGUGAAUCUGCGAGUCACGGCAAUGUGCGAGCAAGUUAAUAGACAACUGGACGGCAUGACGACUGAGCAUCAGCCUAAAUCUGAGCAUCGGCCCGAGUUUAAGCAUCAACCUGAGUCCGAGCACAGUGUGUCCGAUACUCAACUCAAGGAAGCUAUCGAACAGCAGGAUGGCAAGAUCGCAGCUGUCUACACGCGAAUAGGCUCUGCUCUCAUGGACAUCGCCGAUUUUAAACAGGGAUUGCUAAGCCAACUUGAGGAAUUGAGAGAAUCUGAUCUGAAGCUGGCAGGGAAAAUCCCCGAUAUCUCAGGGUUGAACUCGUCUGUUUCGGACCACGGGAAACGCAUCUCAAACCAGAAGACCACGCUAGACACCAUGAUGGCACAGAUUUCCUCAUUAAAGUCACUUGUGUCAGAAAGUCCUCGUGACAGGAUACAGCAACUGUUUGAGGAUGUCUCGGCAAUUCAAAAACGCUUGGACGAGGACAGUGCCACCACAAACGCCAAUCCUAUGACAGAGGAAAAGGUGCAUGAUAUUCUCAAGUCAGAACUCGCCAACGCAGUGGAAAGACUGAGCGACCCGAAUCCGAUGACGGAGCAAAAAGUUCGCGACAUCUUGAAACCGGAACUUGCCAACGCAGUCAAAAACCUGCCCAAGCAGCACACUCCUAGCGCCGAGUCAAACAACAUGACCGAGGAAAGAGUACGCCAGAUUCUGAAGCCGGAACUCGCCAGUGCGAUGGAAGAGUUUUCCAAGGAAACCGCCAGUCCAGGGUCAAAUUCUGUCUCAGAGGAAAUCGUGCGUGAGAUCUUGAGACAGGGACUCGCCGACGUAAAUGAAAGGUUGCUCAAGAAGGAAGUGACUGGCGCUGGUGCUGGCCCCGGUGCUGGCGCUGGGUCAAACGUUAUGACCGAGGACAAAGUGCGCGAGAUCUUGAAGCCCGAGCUUGUCAGCGCAGCGAAGAAGCUGCAUGAGUCGGUCAACGGGCGCUUAACCACCGUCGCUGAUGGAUUGGGCAAAUUUAUCGAUAAAGAGAGACAGGCAAGACUGGAAACUGAUGGCAAAGUUAGCACUCUGGCCGACAGCAUGUCGUCACUCCAGAAAGCAAGAGAUGAGAGCAAGUCGUCGACUGACGAUGUCUCGUUAUUCCGGAAAGCAGUUGAUGAGGCCAAGGCGGACCAGGAAACGUGGAAGAAUUAUACCAGUAACCAGAUUCAUGAGUAUGGCAGGGAAGUUGAGGGGCAUAGAAAUAGUCUCUCAACCAUAAACAGCCAGGUGGAAGAGCUUCGCGACGAGCUCAGACGAGGAUACGAAGGUCACCAGAUGCAGCUCGUGCACCUCAGCUCAUGGAUGAACACGUUCAACACGAGGCGGAUGUACAAUGAGAUUGUAGCGCAUCUGAACGCAGCGCAGCCGACAGGAGCUCAUCUUAAUGCCCAGUUGAGGACGCUCUCGGAACGAAUAGAUGGGCUGGAAAACCGGGAGGAUGAGGGUGGUGUGAAGAAACGCAAGGGACUGAACGGAAACACAGUGGUGGUUAACAAUAGCCGCUGAACGGAGAGGGUAAUAUAGGGGGCUUGUCUUGAAGGUGGAGCUAAUAGACUUGCUCUGGCGAUGGUAUAUUUGAGAAAGCAAUCCGAGAUGGAAUUCGAGAUGGACGUAUACGAUGGAGAGCUUGA